AUGAGCCAGUAUCACUCUGCACAAUACAUGGUCCCUGUCAUGGGACAGCCCACUGGAGGGCAGCCAGUGUACCUCGCAGCCCAUCCAAGCCCAUCGGGUGGUAACAUUAUUACCCUCCCUGGCGGAAGUCCCCAGCACAUGGUCCAAGCCCUUCCGCCAUCGCCUGGUGGCUACGUCGUACAAACGAAUCAGGUCGGCCAGCCGGUACAAUACUUUGUCAACAAUACACCUAUAAUUCCGAUGAAUGCACUCCCCCAAGUUGCUUACGCCCAGCCGCAGUUGCAACCCCAAGUCCACUUCGCAUUGGCUGCCAACGUCACUCCAUUGACGCUCUGGGAUGUAUACAACCAUCCGAGCAGCGUACGCGCCGCCAACGCGUCAUACCCUAUCUACACGAAUAACAGCGCCGUUGAUCCUCCUGUUUCCUCCAUGCGGUUGGUAUGCAAAGACAUGCCGUGGAUGAUUACUAUCAAGAAAAAGGACGGCGCCUUUGUCACCAUUGGCGACGUCUUUGAUGCUAUCUAUACGCAACUCCAGGAAAGCAUCAUCCACAGCGAAUGGCGCCUCAUGGGACCCAGUACCCAGAAAAAGGUGACAGCUAGGUUCCAGGCGAGGAUGGAGCAGAUGAAAUCGCAAGGAAAAGGGGACGAGACUAGAGGGAUUAGGAGGGUCGAUUAUUUGCUCGGCAAGACAGCUUUCAUCGGCUUAAAGCAGGACCCAAAGGCCAUCAAUGACCUGGUCGGUGAUAUCGACAUUCACAAUGCUUGGCUCCUCAUCGUCAGUGAGCGACACUGA